AUGAUGCCACGGCGUCAAGCAAGCGGAUUCUCCAAUGGAUAUCCCAGAGGAAACACCUUUGAAAUAUCCCCACAUAGCUUUCGGCCUCGUACUUCGGCACCAGGGAAUCGACAGCAAAGGAAAUUGUUCAUUCGAGUUGGCCUCGCAGUUCUUGUACUGCUUUUCGUUAGUGUUUGGUUAUGGCCCUCUAAUCCAAUACUCUCCGUGGUAUCUCUAGGCUUAUUAUCUGCGACGAACGAUCUCGAGCUCGAAACAGUCCGAUACUAUGACCUCAGCAAUGUGCAAGGUACUGCUCGUGGCUGGGAACGAGAAGAACGAAUACUCUUGUGCGUUCCUUUGCGUGAUGCAGAGGCGCACCUGGCAAUGUUUUUUUCACAUUUACGAAAUUUCACGUAUCCUCAUCAUUUGAUUGAUCUAGCUUUCUUGGUGUCCGACUCUAAAGAUCGUACACUGCAAGUGCUUACCGACAAUUUGGAACGAAUACAGGCCGAUCCCGAUCCUAAACAGCCGUAUGGAGAGGUGUCCAUUAUCGAGAAAGAUUUUGGUCAGAAAGUCAACCAAGAUGUUGAAAGCCGACACGGAUUCGCGGCCCAAGCCAGUCGACGAAAGUUAAUGGCUCAGGCCAGAAAUUGGCUUCUCAGUGCGGCUUUACGGCCUUACCAUUCUUGGGUUUACUGGCGAGAUGUAGAUGUAGAGACAGCCCCAUUUACCAUACUUGAGGAUCUUAUGCGUCAUAAUAAAGACGUCAUUGUGCCAAAUGUCUGGCGACCCUUGCCAGAUUGGCUCGGCGGCGAACAACCAUACGAUUUGAACUCUUGGCAGGAGUCCGAGACUGCAUUAGCACUAGCCGACACGUUGGAUGAGGAUGCUGUGAUUGUGGAGGGCUAUGCUGAAUACGCCACCUGGCGACCUCACUUGGCAUAUCUACGUGAUCCCUAUGGCGACCCAGAUAUGGAAAUGGAGAUCGAUGGCGUUGGCGGUGUCAGUAUUUUAGCCAAAGCAAAAGUCUUUCGAACUGGUGUUCACUUCCCAGCGUUCAGCUUCCAAAAGCAUGCUGAAACAGAGGGCUUUGGAAAGGUCUGCUUUGCUCCCUCCUUCUCUUUUGUGACCGUAGAUGAUAUACGUCAUAUGGAGGAGAUGGAGCAAGAGCGGAUUGCUCGCGAGAAAGCGGAGCAGGAGAAAAAAUUGAAGGAGCAGAAAUUGAAGGAGGAAUUUGGUGAUGCAACUAGCCAGUGGGAGAAGGAUAAGCAAGAAAUGAGAGAGCAAGAGCAGCAGUCAAAGCGGCCGGGCGUAGGCGGCGCUUCUGAAGCACAUAGAGGUGAAGCUGCAAACGCUAUAAAAGACACCUAA